AUGGACGGGGAGGGAAGAACCUCCGGGCUGGUCAAAUCAGCCGUGGUGAAACUAUCCGAGAUGGGCGAAAGAACCAAGGAGUUAGGCACCGCCAUGAAGGAUCCUCACCAGCAAAGACGGAUCAUAUUAGUGAUUGUCUGCGUGGCUCUCCUGCUGGACAAUAUGCUCUACAUGGUAAUCGUGCCAAUUAUUCCAGACUAUCUUGCUGAGCUGGAGAGUGAGCAGUCAGAGCACGUCCACCUAGUGAUCCACCCAAACUCUUCAUCCAACAGCACAAGCCAAGACACAAUCAACAACAAGAACAAUCUAGACAUCCAGAUUGGAGUACUGUUCGCCUCUAAAGCCAUCCUACAGCUGAUAGUCAGCCCGCUGUCGGGGACCUUCAUAGACCGGGUUGGAUAUGACAUCCCACUUUUAAUUGGACUGAGCGUUAUGUUCGUGUCCACCUGUAUAUUUGCAAUUGGGGAGAAUUACGCGACGCUCUUCUUCGCCAGGAGUUUGCAGGGUCUGGGCUCGGCUUUCGCAGACACCUCUGGCAUCGCCAUGAUAGCCGACAAAUACUCCGAGGAGUCGGAGAGGAGCACGGCUCUGGGCAUCGCUCUGGCCUUCAUCUCUUUUGGGAGUCUGGUGGCGCCUCCCUUCGGGGGCAUCCUUUACGAGUUUGCGGGCAAAAAAGUGCCCUUCAUCGUGCUCGCCUGCAUUUGCCUGGCAGACGGCAUCCUGCUGCUGACAGUGAUGAAGCCGUUCUCCAACAGGACUAGAGAGAACAUGCCAGUGGGCACCCCCAUAUAUAAACUCAUGGUUGACCCGUACAUAGCCGUGGUGGCCGGUGCUCUGACGGUCUGUAACAUCCCCUUGGCCUUUCUGGAGCCCACCAUAGCCAACUGGAUGGAGACCACCAUGCACUCCACCCAGUGGGAGAUGGGGCUCACCUGGCUCCCAGCCUUCUUCCCCCAUGUCCUCGGUGUGUACAUCACAGUUAAAUUGGCAGCUAAGCAUCCAAACCUGCAGUGGUUCUACGGAGCUCUGGGUAUGGUCAUCAUAGGAGCCAGCUCCUGCACAGUCCCUGCAUGCAAAACUUUUGGGCAGCUCAUCGCCCCGUUGUGCGGCAUUUGUUUUGGCAUCGCACUGGUGGACACCGCCCUGCUGCCCACACUUGCGUUUUUAGUCGACGUGCGUCAUGUUUCAGUGUACGGUAGUAUUUAUGCCAUAGCAGACAUCUCCUAUUCUGUUGCAUAUGCUAUGGGUCCUAUAGUAGCCGGCCAGAUAGUCCACAAUCUGGGGUUCGUACAACUGAAUUUGGGCAUGGGCCUCGUCAAUGUGCUUUACGCACCAGCCCUGUUGCUGCUGCGCAAUGUGUGCCAAAUGAAACCGUCCUACUCAGAGAGAGAUAACCUCUUAGAGGAGGCUCCGCAGGGGCUGUACGAUACCAUCAAGAUGGAAGAGAGAAGAGCUAAAAAGAAGGGCUACAGCACGGCAGGGAAUUGCUUGUCAGUAGAUGAAAAUGGGUUUGACAACUUCAGAGCACAGCGGUCCGUGUCGGAGGAGUCGUCCGGUCCGGAGUACACUUAG